GGCUCUCAACGAAUAAACAGUACAAAUCAAAGUACAAUUGUUUUACUUCACUUUUACUAUUAUUAUAAACAUAAUCUAUCCUAAUAUUUGAUAAUUAAUAUAUAUAUAUAUGUAAUCUUUUUAAAGUGAUUUGCUUUGUUUGUGAGCGGUGAUUCUCCUUUGUGUCUGGAUUCUCUCCCUAGUACUCGGCAUACCCAAGGAAAGAGGCAAUACCCAUGCUCCAUAUCCGUCUAGGUGGUCUAACAUCAGGUGGCCUUGUCUCAAAGGUCUCCCUUUAAAGGGAGAUGAUAUCUGAGUCUAUUGAGAAUACUUUGCUUAAUUUUCCUACAUAAAGUAUUUGAGAACGGUUUGUAGCUUCUUGGGAGAUGCGAAAAUGGACAAAAGGCGUAAUAUCACUCAAUAUAGAGAGAGGCUCGAUAGAACACUGGCAUCUCCCAAGCUAACAGAUGCAAAGUCGCUUAAGAGCCUUGUCAAGACUCAAAUCCUACAAUCGUCACUGAAAGAAACCGAAGGAUGUAGUGAAACGGUAGUAGAAAAGAGGACCGCUGAAGUGUCAAAUUUUCUUGACAUGUUAAGGAGUGUUUCUGAUGUUGGCACCGAGGGUUCAAAAACUCAUGACACGGCGUCGUCACAUCCAGAUUGGAAAUUAAAGCAGGACAAUGAAGAGUUUCGUGUUAUGUAUCGUGAAGGACCACAAGGCUCUCCCUUUCAUUCCUUACUUGUAGAAGGCUAUGUAAAUGGACCUUUAGAUGUUUGUUUAUGCAUCUCAUGGGAGUCAGCCCUCUACAGGAAAUGGUGGCCUCAAUCGACAAUCCCAACUUUCAAAAUUCUCUCUUGCAAUUGUUUGCAAAAGGUCCGGAUUGGUGAACAGAUAUCUUUAGUAAGGGUGAAGGUUUCAUGGCCACUAUCAACUAGAGAAGCUAUUGUACACUAUUUUUUAUUUGAGUACCUUGAAGAUGAUCUACUAGUUGUCAUCCUAAACACGGUCUCUGAUAUAGGAAGCAUUGAUGCUAGCACUCAUGGUUUCACCAAUGAGACAAUUCCCAAUGCAAAGGAUGUGGUUAGGAUUGAUGUAGUGGGAGGCUUCGCUAUACAAAAGGUUACCUCCGAAAGAAGUUACUUUCGGACAAUAGCUAGUAUGGAUAUAAAGCUUGACUUCGUCCCACCAUCUCUUAUCAAUUUUAUCUCAAGGCAGCUCAUUGGCAAUGGUUUCAGACUCUAUCAAAAGGCAGUGGCUUCGAUGUUUACAGGUGAUGAUGAAUUCAACAAAGCUUUGAAGGAUUCACUGUACACUCGAAUACAAGAAACUCUUGGUUCCACUAAUAAAUUAAACAGGUCUUUGAAAGAAGAAAAUACCGUAGAAGUAGUAGUAGUAGAAGAAGAACUCAAGAGUGAGGAAGCUGAUCUCUCUGAAGAGCAAACGACGAGUAAUUUGGAUUACUCGAAGGUAAUAGAUCAAAAUAGUAAUUGCAAUCACCAAACAGUUGAAUUGCCUGUGCAAGUUACUGAUAGUACAGCCUCUUGUGAGAUUGUGGAACUCAAGAGCGAAGAAAGCAAGCAUUUUGACAAUGAAAUAAUAGUUGAGCAAAUUACAGAAAGAUCCCCUGUCUACAGAAAGGGAAAUAUUAUUAUUAGUUCAGAUGUAGAACAAGCUCUCGGAACAUUGGAAAAAGUUAUUUCUAUGGUUAGAGAAUAUGGAUUUAAUACCAAAACCCCUUCUUGGUUCACCAGUGAAAGGUCUCCCAAAGAAAACGAUCCAGAUGAGGACUCAAAAUUUGAAGGAGAAGAUGCAGGAGUGUGUUCAAAUGUUGAAGUUACUGUUGAGUUUGGAAAAGAAGCUUCCGAGAGGACAUCGUCCGAAGAGUCUGUUGGAAAUGUCCCUGCCAUUCAAAACUCCAGGCAAGGAGGAUCAAAUUCCUUUUCAAAGGAGGGUAACCACAACAGAAUAGCACCAGCUUCCCCAGAACACAAAAACUCAGUUCCUUUUGAUGAUACUUGUACCAAUCAGGCUGUUCUUAGUUCUGCCAAAACUGAACCACCAGUGAUACCGAUUAUGAACCAUAAUACGGCUACACAAAAUAAUAAGCAUCCUAGCAGUGAUACCAACGACAUCUAUAAAAGCAGUCCCAACAAAUUAAAGAAGCCUAAGAAGCAAAAAAGUUCUAGGCUUUGUUGCAUUGGCUAGAGUCCUUGGGAGGUGAGGUGGAGUUGAACAGCAGAAAUCGGAUUUUGAAGUAUGGUGUAGAUGAAGCUUGACAUGGCUAAUACAUGACACAAUUGUGAGUUUGUGACAUCUCAUUUUAUUAAGAAAAUAAAUUUUAGAAUAUCUGGAAAGUAUUUUAUGGUUGUAUCAGUAAUUUUUUAGAAUCAAUUAUAGAAAACAUUGUCGGCAUACAGAUAAGUUUUUUGUUCUUAGAUUUGCUUGAAUACUUGUUAAAAUAUGCUAUAAAGAGAAGUUAGUUUUGUACUUA